AUGGAGAAGGCCACAUUCGACGAUAUGGUACUGCAGUGGGUAGAGUCCCUUCAAGGGAUUUCUCGUGCAUCAAGUUGCCGUGUGUUGCAACGUACAUGUGACUCGCUCGCGUUGGCCCACGGCACGGGGGAAGUGAAGGCGAAGGCGAAGGCGCAGGCGCUGCUGGAGGCCGUGCAGGCAUUGCCUGACCCGGAGGAAAUGCGUCAGGCCGCACUUUUUGUGGUGCAGGCCCGUUCCGCAAGCUCCGUAGAGGAGCGACUGAGUCCCUACUGCAGGCUGGUUCUACGCUAUGGUAAUGACCGCGCCGUUAAGCGACUGGCCUCUGCGCAAUUUGUCGCUAUCGAGAUUUCGGCGCAGAAUGCGACCGUGACGGAGCGGUGGACGUGUGUAGGGCAGCCGCAGGUAUGGAGUGUUUUCAAUAGCCCGCGUGUCAUCGGGGUGCGCUCCGUCUUUGCGGCCAACGGCAAGGAUGUUUUGUUCUCUUUUUACGACGAGGUGGAAUUUGAUGUCUGCGGACGCAUUGAGUGUGUUGCGCGAACGCUGCUGGUUGAAUGCCCGUCCAACGCAGAGGAGGUGCGUUCCGUGCUGCGCUUUGGUGAUGUGUGUGCAUCGUGA